GCUGCUGUGGUGAAGUAGGAGGAGGAGCCGAGUGGGCGCUGGCACCAAGGCCUGACCAUGGACGAGGAAUACGAUGUGAUCGUGCUGGGGACUGGCCUUACCGAAUGCAUCCUGUCGGGCAUCAUGUCUGUGAAUGGAAAGAAGGUGCUGCACAUGGACCGGAACCCCUAUUAUGGGGGUGAGAGCUCCUCCAUCACACCCCUGGAAGAGCUAUAUAAGCGCUUUCAGUUGUUGGAGGGGCCUCCUGAGUCGAUGGGCCGAGGACGAGACUGGAACGUUGACUUGAUCCCCAAAUUUCUCAUGGCUAAUGGUCAGCUGGUAAAGAUGCUUCUGUAUACGGAAGUGACUCGAUACUUGGACUUCAAAGUGGUUGAGGGCAGCUUUGUGUACAAGGGGGGCAAGAUCUACAAAGUGCCAUCCACUGAGACUGAGGCCUUGGCUUCUAAUUUGAUGGGCAUGUUUGAAAAACGGCGCUUCCGCAAGUUCCUGGUGUUUGUGGCAAACUUUGAUGAGAAUGACCCCAAAACCUUCGAGGGAGUCGACCCUCAGACCACCAGCAUGCGUGAUGUCUACAGGAAGUUUGACUUGGGUCAGGAUGUCAUUGACUUCACUGGCCAUGCCCUGGCUCUCUACCGUACUGAUGACUACCUGGAUCAGCCCUGUCUUGAGACUAUUAACCGCAUCAAGUUGUACAGCGAGUCCCUGGCUCGGUAUGGCAAGAGCCCAUAUUUAUACCCACUCUAUGGCCUGGGUGAGCUGCCCCAGGGCUUUGCAAGAUUGAGUGCCAUCUAUGGGGGGACAUACAUGCUGAACAAACCUGUGGAUGACAUAAUCAUGGAGAAUGGCAAGGUGGUGGGAGUGAAGUCUGAGGGAGAGGUGGCCCGCUGUAAGCAGUUGAUCUGUGACCCCAGCUACAUCCCAGACCGUGUGAGGAAGGCUGGCCAGGUUAUUCGCAUCAUCUGUAUCCUUAGCCACCCCAUCAAGAGCACCAAUGAUGCCAAUUCCUGUCAAAUCAUCAUCCCCCAGAACCAGGUCAACAGGAAGUCAGACAUCUACGUGUGCAUGAUCUCCUACGCACACAAUGUGGCUGCACAGGGCAAGUACAUUGCCAUUGCCAGUACCACCGUGGAGACUGCAGAGCCGGAAAAGGAGGUUGAGCCUGCAUUGGAGCUGCUGGAACCCAUUGACCAGAAGUUUGUGGCUAUCAGUGACUUGUAUGAACCCAUUGACGAUGGUUCUGAGAGCCAGGUGUUCUGUUCCUGCUCCUAUGAUGCCACCACACACUUUGAGACCACCUGCAAUGACAUCAAAGACAUCUACAAACGCAUGGCCGGCUCAGCAUUUGACUUUGAGAACAUGAAGCGCAAACAGAAUGAUGUCUUUGGAGAGGCUGAUCAGUGAUUGCUGACUCCCCUUUCCCCCAGCCCGUACUGCCCUUGCCCCCAUCUGUCUGUCCUCUAGGGCUGGGGAGAUGGUAUAGCUGGGCAUCCCUGUUUCCAGCAUCUUCUGCUUCCCCCACCACAUUCCCAUCAGCCACCUCAUUGAUUCACUGACCAAAUCCUUAACCUUAGUGAUGGUUUGGGAAAUGGGGAUUGGAUAGCAUCCUCUUUCUUGGCCCUUGUCCUAGUGAUAGAGGAGAUUCCUCUUCCUCUUCUUGUGUGUCCCCCUCCCCCCAGUUCUGCUCUGUUUGGGAAAGAAGUGGAGGAAAGCUGACUUCUGCCCCCACUGCUCUUACCCCAAUGUAGUGGCCUUUGGAGAUAUCCCCUGCCUCCCCCCACCAACUCUUGCGUGUUGGAGAGAAGGGGCCCUCCCAGCACAAAUUGCAUUCCCCCCUAUAAUUUAUUCUAAUUUAUUAACUUUGGCCUAUCUGUCUGAGCCCACAGCCUUUCAUGCAGCCUGGGGCUGUAGAGUGAGCUGCCCUGGCCCCUCCCAGUCCUAGCAAAGCCUGGGAAGGGAAAGGGCUUAGGUGUGGCCCCCUCUAAGGUUGUUAUGUUUUUAUUCCUUGUCUUUGUGCUUUGUGUUUUCUGUUACUUGUUGAGAAAAGAAGUAUGAGCAAAGCAGGAGGUGGGAAAGUGGAUCCAAACCCCAGUGUGCCCUGCCCCAUGCCUUUCCUUUAGUGGUGGGAAGCCCUUAUCUUGCAAAGUGAAUGUGUCCCCUUCCCCAACCUCUAGUGUAUUUCACAGAAAACAAAAUCUCCCAAUAAAACUGUUGAAACCUGA